CUGAGGUUUGAUGCAAUUUCAGAGUGUCUAAGGGUUGGAAGAAGACAACCCUAGACCGGGAAACCCCCAGCGAUGGCCUUGGUAAUGCCGAAGCUAUUCUUUCCUGUCGUAGUUUGGCUUAUACUUCUUAGAGUCUCAGAGGCUACUGUAAGCGACGAUAAUGUGAAUUUACAAACAAUUUCCCUUCCUAUACCUCUUCCAGUUCCUAUUCCUAAACCUCUUCCUUUGCCACCUAAAGACCCUCAUCCUAAACCUCCUCCGUUGCCACCUAAAGAUCCUCAUCCUAAACCUCAUCCUUUGCCACCCAAAAAUCCUCACCCAUUGCCACCCAAGAAUCCUCACCCAUUGCCACCCAAGGUUCCACAUCCUUCUCAUGGAAGGCCCCCUCCACCUCCACCACCAAAAAAAUAUCCACCACAAAAGUCACCACCUCCUCCUCCUCCAUCACCACCUCCACCGCAAAAUACACCACCACCGCCACCUCCGCCAUCACCAUCACCUUCUCCUCCACCUAAUCCGUUGUCGCCUCCAAUACCAAUUUCACCAUCACCAUCACCUUCGUCCCCACCAUCUCUAACACCAUCAUCUUCUCCAUCACCCACUCCAACACCGUCACCUAAUUCAUCAUCACCCACGCCGAAUCCUCCAAGUGCUCCAGUGCCCUCACCACCACCUACACCAAUAUCUUCACCUUCCACUUCACCCACGCAGACUCCUUCACUUUCUCCAUUACCCUCAUCGAACCCUACACCAUUAUCCGCACCUUCUUCACUUGGCCCGUCUACAUCUACUCCUACCCCUUCACUUGCUCCAUCACCUUCACCAUUAUCUUCCCCAUCACUCUCACCAUCACCUGCACCUUCAUCCCAAUCUUCACCAGGCGAAGUUCCUGCAUCUUCUCCAUCACCCUUUACCAUCCCAACUCACUACACCCUCUUCGUCACCUUCUCCUUCACUUGGUCCAUCUUCACCUACACAAACUCCUUCCCUUUCUCCAGUACCCUCAUCACCGCCUACGCCAUUGUCAGCACCAUCUCCGUCAACUAG